UCCAGAUAUUCGUUAUUUACGAUGUAUUAAAGUGCGGGUCGUAGUGUGGCGAUGCAAUAAUUGCCAAAUAUUAAAUUUUAAGGAGCGUGUAAUAUGUAAUUUGUAGUCAUUAGCGUAGAUAGCAUGACUCGAAUAAAAGUUGCGGUCCGGGUUAGGCCUUUAUCGAACAGGGAAGUGGAGACGGGCUCAGUCCCCAUCGUCAACGUGGAAGGCGGAAGGACGAUCGCCAUCACCAACACAAAGGUACCUGAACAGAAUGCGGGAGACAGCCGGGAGCGAGUCAGGAGAUUUACCUUCGACUACUGCUUCCAGGAGGACUCCACCCAGGACCAUAUAUUCGAAGAAAUAGAAAAAGUAAUAGGCCAAUCAAUAAAAAGGAGAUUCCAUUCUUGCGUUCUAGCCUACGGACAAAGUUUCUCAGGCAAGACCCAUACUAUGAUGGGGUUUCCACAUGAUCCCGGACUGACUCCAAAGUUAUGUCACCGAGUGUUUAGUUACCUGCAGGAAACAGCUGUGGGCGAUGAAGUUUUGGAUCUCAAAGUCUCAGUUAGCUACUUGGAAAUCUACAACGAAAAAGUAAGAGACUUGCUUAGAAAAGAGGACACUGAAGGAACUACUUUUAAAAGAACUCAACCACUGAAAGUAAGAGAACAUCCGAAAAAGGGUCCAUACGUUCAAGGUUUAUCAGAACACCCCGUCACAGACUGCGACGGCCUCUUGGAAUGGCUGGAAAUAGGCAACAGUCAGAGGAGUGUCGCGGCCACCCUGACUAACCCCAGGUCCAGUAGAAGUCAUUCCGUGUUCUCCAUCAGCUGCGACGGGGUCAAGCUGCACCUCAUCGACCUCGCCGGCAGCGAAAGGGCUGGCAGCAGGGGUUACGGCACGUCGCAGUUCAGAGAGGGCGCCAACAUCAAUAAGAGCUUGGUGGCGCUGGGGAACGUCAUAUCUGCCUUAGCCGAACAGACAGCCAAGCAGACCAAGGGUCUACGCAGGAAGUUCGUCCCAUACAGGGACUCCGUCCUGACAUGGCUGUUGAAGGACACCCUGGGCGGAAAUUCCAACACCGUGAUGGUGGCCACCGUUUCUCCUUCCAGUGCGUGCUACAGUGAGACGGUAAACACUCUGCGAUUUGGGCAACGGGCCAAACUCAUCGUGUCCCAUCCAGUAGUGAACGAGGACCCCAAAGAGAAGACUAUUCGUGAAUUAAGAGCGGAAAUUGCCAGGCUGAAAGACCUCCUCAAACUUUCGCAGUUGUCACCUCAAGAGCUUUCGAUGUUGGAAGACGGCAAUUCUCUUCUCACAAAUGGAAAAUCAGAUGAAAAGCAGAGCAAUCAUAAAGAAAUCUCUGGUAAUGCUGAUAUCGAAGCGGAAAAGGAAAUAAAUGAUUUACAAUCUGAAGUAAACAUUGAAAAUGAGGAGAUCAGAAAAAACUCCGUGUCAGAGCAGCUAAGUACUUCUGUGAGCAAUCAGUCAUUGUCUAACGAUGACUGUGUCCUAGGUGAUAGUGAAAAUUUGUCAACUGAGACCAUCUCCAUCUCAGAAAUAACAACAGAAAGGCUGUUCCCUCUUCUAAACGUAUCCACUUCUGUAAAACCCUCAAGACCCACAAAACUAAGAAGAACGUUCAGUGUUGACCACUCUUACAUCAACAAACAAAGGGAGAAAAUGUUCGGUUCUGAGGAAUCGAUUCCUUCGACGAGCACCACCUCGAAGAUAUCCCAGAGUUCUUCUUCCCUAGAGAAGCAGAAAUCUCAAGGAUCCAUUUCCAGGAGGAAUCCAGGAAGCGCGACGCCAUCUUCAUUACUUCGUAGGCGUUCUCUGAAUAAAUCAAAUCCGAUGCUACCGAAAACACCCCCAAAAAGACGGUCCCUGGAAAAUAAUUCCCAUAGAAUUGAAAAGUCGACAACCACAGAAGGUUUAAAUAUGAAGAAAGUCGAACCCAAGGUAAACUCCAUCCGAAAACAGCCCCUCAAGCCAAGAUCCCAAAUAGUAGCCGCUGUAACUAGUCGUUUGUACUCUAAAAUUAACAGGAAAGAAGCUGCCACUAACACGGACGACCUCAACAUACAAAAAACUCAAGCACCUAAAGAGAGUAAUCCUAGCAAUGCAAAAUCCAGAUUGAGAGAUCUCACUAGAAGAGCUCUUAGAGCACACAGGCAAAAGAACGAACAAACACAGACUGACCUGUACGCAGUGUUACGUGUCAAGGAAAUGUCCACCGACGUCGACGAUUUAAAAGUAUCGUUAAAGGAAGUCAAGCACGCAGAAACGGAUACUGUCGUAAUAAAAACCAAAGAUGCUUCAGUGAACUGUACAUUUUUAGACCAAUUGUCCGAUGACGAAAAAAGACACAACAAUAUAUCCUUUACAAGAAGCUGUGGGACACAAUCUUCCCAGGAAAUUACCAACGCGAGUGAUACUAUUGAAAAGGAAAACACAUCAUCCGCGAGAAGCACCUCAAAUCCGAUAUCAUUUACCAAAUACUUACGUGAGAUGCAAGAUCCCAAGUACGAACUAUCUGACGUAAUACCAAACGCUCCUAUAUAUACCAAGACUGUAAACAUUAACAUAUCCCAUAAUUACAUCAACGACAACAGAAGCAACGGGAGCAUAUCGGAGGACAGUAUCGAACAAAACCCUCAAAACGGUUGCUUGCCAACGCCCGAUCUCAUCAGUAAUCACAACUCACUAGAGCAAGCUCACGAUGAUUCUGAACCCUCGGAAUCAAAAGUUCGUCCUGACGUGGAGAAGAUAAACUACGCCGACACGGGAGUGUUAGAUGAAUACUUUACUGUAAAUGAAGGCACCGUGCCAACAAACGAUAACAAAAAAUGCACGGCAACAACGUACACAGUCAGUCCGAGCUGCGGAGAAAAAAUCCACUCUGUUAACAUAGAAAAAGUUCAAGUACCGGAAAUUUGCCUGACGAAUAAAUUCGAGGAAGGCUACUGCAAGCCGCUUCCUAGAUUUGUGCCAGACAUGGCUAAACCUAAAAUCGUGGAGUCCAGGUAUUACACGUGCGACGACUGCAUCAAACUGGAAGAACCUCUCGUGCUGAAAUCUAUAGUAAAACAGCUUCCCAAAGGUAAUAUUCUCAACGAUAAUAAUCCAAGUUCUAGCGAUGAGGAUAUCUUUAGCAGCGACGUCCCGGAUUCCUUAGACUAUCACAUGACCAACACCAAAAAGGUGAAAUUUAACAGGAAAAAUUCAAAACGGUCGCCGGAAAAUGGUAGGAUGUUAAACGCUAUGUCGGAAUUCUUGGAGGAAGCGACAAAUCUGAUGAAUAACCUGACAAUGGCCGCCAGCAAGAUAGGUAGCAAUAAUCUACAAUUAGACGAUUCCUAUGAAUUUGAGGUUACUGUAAAUGGUGUCAGCGGUCUGGGCAAGACUCACAGGAAGAAGAGAAAGGCAUCACGACCUAUAUCUGUCCCUAAAACUAAACAGACCGAAACCACAACAGGAUUUACUUUUCCAAGUAGAUCGCACUGUUCUACCCAAUGCGGGAUGGACCACUCAUUUCCUAUAAAUAAGUAUGAAGCACUGGUGGAAGAAUCGUGUAAGCGAUUGGAAGAGAAAAUAAACAAAAUUCCUUCGUCCUUCCAAAGUGCCCACGAUGGAGAGGAGGUGGAUCCGUACUUUACUUACAACCCCUGGCAGCCGCAUUCUUUGGUAAAUGAUGUUGAGGAUUCUAGCCUAGAGAGCAAUCCAGUCACUUACUCUGACUACGGAAGCUUGCCGAGAAAAACUCACAAAAGACACAGGACUCCCACCUGCAGUCCAAGCGCUUUUUUGAAGCAACUGACAAAUAUGAGGAGACAGAUCAUAGAAACAUCCAGAGAAGAGUUCCUUGGUGGUUCAAAUAAUCACUGAAACUAGUUUUCACGCAUAUGAGCAACAAAACAAACAGUAUUGUCGGUUAAGGUUUAUUAUGGCAAAUCUUAUAUUACUUAUUACCAAGUCUUAUCAAGAGAGUUACAUUGGACAAGUUUUUACUAAAAGAUAAUAAGAAAUGGAGUAGAAAACUGCAGUCAGAACAUAGGUAAUGCUGAGGUUAGACGAUAAUCAAAUACUUAUCUGAAAGAUUAGUAAAACUUUUGCAUUUUGGUAUUUAUCAUACAAUAAGAUUUUAAAAUGGUUAGAUGUAGUUUCCAUUUUAUAUAGAGUAAUAGGAAAGGUAUACACAAGUAAUAUUGUAAAGAUCAUUGGGCACACUAACUAGAAUUAAUUAUCAGGAUUGUAAUAUUUUU